ACCAACUGUUGUCCAAACGGCUCGGCAAACGGAUCCAGCGUUUGUUGUGCUUCUAAUAGUGAUAUUAAUUCGUGUCUGCAAUCGAUGCAAGGCUUGAGUCCAUUCGAGCUCCACCUCCAGCAGACCUCCUGCGCCACGAUGUCGGCCGUCAGGUGCAAGUCGACGGCAAUGGACUCUAAUAAUUGUCACCAUUUCUGUGGACCCAACGGAACGCCAAACAAAAUACUUAAGCGCAAGAAAUCGGCGACAAAACUCAAGAGAAAGUGUUUUUAUGUGAAAUGUAGUGAAGACUUCUUCGACGAGUGCGUUAUGGAGCGCCUCCGAUAUGGUUUGAUUCAAUUGAACCAUAAGACAGGUCUCGAUAUCAGUGGAAAUCGCGCCACAAUUACAUUCCAUAGCAAAGUCAUCGCUCGUCGUGAGAACGAUAGCGGAGAAGUGAAUGUACUGUUAAAAUGGGAACCAAAUAACAUAUUGCCCGACAUAUGGGUUCCCGAGACGCAGGUCCCAGAGAUGCAGACGAAAGCGGUUCCGGUGUCGACAAUACCUGCCGAGUGUUUGGCACAACUCAUUGAAGAGACCAAUGGAUUUGAACGCAAACCAAAGAUAAAACAGCGCCGCAAAUGAGAUAUUAAUUGGUUUUUAAUCGCAAAAAUAGAAGAAAAUUUAAUAUAAGAGAGAAGAUUAAGUAAAUACUAAUAAUAAUAAUGUUUUAUUGAAUAUAAUAACGAAUUUUAUGAUUAAUUUGA